GUUGUGAGCCGGCUCAUCGGCAUGGAGACGCAGGAACUUCGGGGGCCCCUGGCUCUUCUCCUCCUCUGCUCCUUUGCCUCUGCUAGUCAGGACCUUCAGGUGAUUGACCUGCUGACUAUGGGUGAGUCUCGGCAGAUGGUGGCCAUGGCAGAGAAAAUCCGGACAGCCCUACUGACAGCUGGGGAUAUCUACCUUCUGUCUACUUUCCGGCUGCCUCCCAAACAGGGUGGUGUUCUCUUUGGCCUCUACUCUCGCCGUGACAAUACUCGUUGGCUGGAAGCCUCCAUUGUGGGCAAGAUCAACAGAGUGUUGGUUCGGUACCAGCGGGAGGAUGGAAAAGUACAUGCAGUGAACCUACAGCAAGUGGGCCUGGCAGAUGGACGUACCCACACUGCCCUAUUGCGCCUCCGUGGCCCUUCCCGGCCUAGCCCUGCUCUACAGCUCUAUGUGGACUGUAAGCUAGGUGACCAGCAUGCUGGGCUCCCCGCAUUGGCUCCUAUUCCUCCUGCUGAAGUUGAAGGGCUAGAGGUUCGGACUGGCCAGAAGGCUUAUCUGAGAAUGCAGGGCUUCAUAGAGUCCAUGAAAAUGAUUCUGGGGGGAUCAAUGGCCCGAGUCGGGGCACUGAGUGAAUGUCCAUUCCAAGGGGAUGAGGAGUCGAUUCAUAAUGCAGUGACUGGAGUACUUCACUCUAUCCUAGGUGAACAGACCAAGGCACUAGUCACCCAGCUUACCCUCUUCAACCAGAUCUUGGUUGAGCUUCGAGAGGACAUCCGGGACCAGGUUAAGGAGAUGUCCUUGAUCAGAAACACCAUCAUGGAGUGUCAGGUGUGCGGCUUCCACGAGCAACGUUCCCACUGUAGCCCAAGUCCCUGCUUCCGUGGUGUGGACUGCAUGGAGGUCUACGAGUACCCAGGCUACCGGUGUGGGCCUUGCCCCCCUGGUCUUCAGGGCAAUGGCACCCACUGUACUGAUAUAAAUGAGUGUGCCCAUGCAGAUCCCUGCUUUCCAGGCUCCAAAUGUAUCAACACCAUGCCAGGAUUUCACUGUGAGGCCUGUCCUCAAGGGUAUAAAGGGACCCAGGUGUCUGGUGUGGGCAUUGACUAUGCUCGUGCCAGCAAACAGGUCUGCAAUGAUGUGGAUGAAUGUAAUGAUGGCAACAAUGGUGGCUGCGACCCCAAUUCUGUCUGCACAAAUACUGUGGGUUCCUUCCAGUGUGGUCCAUGCCGUUCAGGUUUCCUGGGUAACCAGAGCCAGGGCUGUCUCCCGGCCCGGGCCUGUCAAAGUCCAGCACGCAACCCCUGCCAUGUCCAUGCUCACUGUCUGUUCGAGCGCAAUGGCGCUGUGUCUUGUUCGUGCAACAUAGGGUGGGCAGGGAAUGGGAAUGUCUGUGGUCCAGACACUGACAUCGAUGGCUACCCAGACCAGGCCCUGCCCUGCAUGGAUAACAACAAACACUGUAAGCAGGACAAUUGCCUCUUGACACCCAAUUCCGGGCAGGAGGAUGCCGACAAUGAUGGAGUGGGUGACCAGUGUGAUGAUGAUGCUGAUGGUGACGGAAUCAAGAAUGUGGAGGAUAACUGUCGGCUGUUUCCCAACAAAGACCAGCAGAACUCAGACACGGAUUCAUUUGGUGAUGCCUGUGACAACUGUCCCAAUGUACCUAACAAUGACCAGAAGGACACAGACAGCAACGGGGAAGGGGACGCUUGUGACAACGAUGUGGAUGGGGAUGGAAUCCCUAAUGGGCUGGACAAUUGCCCAAAAGUCCCUAACCCCCUGCAGACAGAUCGGGACGAGGAUGGGGUGGGGGAUGCUUGUGACAGCUGCCCAGAAAUGAGUAAUCCCACCCAGACAGAUGCAGACAGUGACCUGGUAGGGGACGUCUGUGACACGAACGAAGACAGUGAUGGUGAUGGGCACCAGGAUACCAAGGACAACUGCCCCCAGAUACCCAACAGCUCCCAGCUUGAUUCAGACAAUGAUGGACAGGGUGAUGAGUGUGAUGGAGACGAUGACAAUGAUGGGGUCCCAGAUUAUGUGCCCCCUGGUCCUGACAACUGUAGGCUGGUGCCUAACCCCAACCAGAAGGACUCAGAUGGCAAUGGCGUGGGGGACGUGUGUGAAGAUGACUUCGACAAUGAUGCGGUGGCUGAUCCCCUUGACGUGUGUCCUGAGAGUGCUGAAGUGACACUCACUGACUUCCGGGCUUAUCAGACUGUAGUCCUGGAUCCUGAGGGGGAUGCCCAGAUUGACCCAAAUUGGGUUGUACUCAACCAGGGUAUGGAAAUUGUUCAGACUAUGAACAGUGACCCUGGCCUGGCUGUUGGGUACACCGCCUUCAAUGGAGUGGACUUCGAGGGCACCUUCCACGUGAACACAGUGACAGAUGAUGACUAUGCUGGUUUUCUCUUCAGCUACCAAGAUAGUGGCCGCUUCUAUGUAGUGAUGUGGAAGCAGACAGAGCAAACUUACUGGCAGGCUACACCCUUCCGCGCUGUAGCCCAACCUGGCCUGCAGCUCAAGGCAGUGAAGUCGGUGUCUGGGCCAGGUGAGCACCUCCGAAAUGCCCUGUGGCAUACAGGCCACACACCAGAGCAAGUUCGCCUAUUGUGGACGGAUCCACGAAAUGUGGGCUGGCGGGACAAGACUUCCUACAGAUGGCAGCUGCUUCACAGACCUCAAGUUGGAUAUAUCCGGGUGAAGCUCUAUGAGGGUCCCCAGCUGGUGGCAGAUUCCGGGGUGAUCAUUGAUACAUCUAUGCGGGGGGGUCGCCUGGGUGUCUUCUGCUUCUCCCAGGAAAACAUCAUCUGGUCUAAUCUCCAGUAUCGGUGCAAUGACACAGUGCCUGAGGAUUUUGAGCCAUUCAGGAGGCAGUUGCUUCAGGGAAGGGUGUGAGGGUUGCUCCAGGAAGAUCCAGGAUCUAGUCAAGACCUCCUGGUUCUGGAUUGGAGGUGCAGGGGACGAGUCUUUCCAAACUCUCAGCUGAGCAUGAGAAUCUCUUCCACCCCUUUCCUUCCACUCCAGAUGGGUUGGGGAUCCAACUGCUCAGUGUGUGAGAAGUUUGGAGAUGUUUCUUGGGUUCCAUCCCUCCCCCCUACCCCCCAUACCCCUUUCCAGGAAAAAUAUUUCUAUAAAGUUCUUGUUUUCUACCCA